AUGACAUCUAAAGGUCAAUCCGGUGGUUCAAACUCACUUAAAAACCUCCUCCGUCACUCUCAGUGUGCGUUCAUCGCUCUAUAUCUUAUCAACGCCAAGAUGAAUGUUGAAAAGCUACAGAAGAUGGCAGGUGCUGUGCGCACUGGUGGGAAGGGAAGCGUGAGAAGAAAGAAGAAGGCUGUACAUAAAACAACCACCACAGAUGACAAGAGGCUGCAGAGCACUUUGAAGAGAAUAGGUGUAAACGCAAUACCAGCAAUUGAAGAAGUUAACAUUUUUAAGGAUGAAACAGUUAUUCAGUUCUUAAACCCUAAAGUUCAAGCCUCUAUUGCUGCCAACACAUGGGUUGUUAGUGGUACUCCUCAAACAAAGAAAUUACAAGAUAUUCUCCCUGGCAUCCUCAACCAGCUUGGGCCAGAUAACUUGGAUAACUUGAGAAAGUUAGCAGAGCAGUUCCAGAAGCAGGUGCCAGGUGGCGCUGAAGCAGCUGCUGCCACAUCAGCACAAGUGGACGAUGAUGAUGAUGUCCCAGAACUUGUGGCAGGUGAAACCUUUGAGGCUGCUGCUGCAGAGGAAGGACAAAAGUCGUAGGUUAUUUGAGGUUACAUUUUAUAUUUGCAUUAUUUAUUGCUUUGAACCAUUAUUUUUCUUUAUUUGAUACGUUCCAUUUGGAUGUGUUCUUUUUGUAACUUGUAGGAAUAUGUAUGGUGUUUUAGUCAUUUUGUUCUACUUGUUUUGAUCAAUUCGGUUUCUAAAGUUAUUUGUAAAAUUUU